GCUCACGUAAGACGGUAGUACCUCUCUCUCAUGUCUCAGAGAGAGAACAUGCUCGUCUCUAAAUGAGAGCGAAGUACGAGAGAGCGUCGAGUCAGUCUGGGUUGAACGAGCUUGCGAAUCGGUCGUGCUAACGAGGAUAAAAAUCAUAGAUCACAUUUACCUUUAAUAAAUAUAUAUGUAAACAAUUCAAACGAAACAGCCUAUUACAAUAUCAGAAGUGGUCCUAACCCAAAACUAUGAGUAACGCAGUUCAACUAUCCGAUUUCACCCUCGACCAACUAAAACAAUGGCUAUCAACUUUAAACAUGCCAACAAACGGCUCAAGAAACGAAUUAGUGCUUCGUCUGUAUAGUGUGCCAGUCGAAACACGUGGUCUUGCCCCACCUGGUUGGAACGAACAUGAUAAUUCAGAGCAUAAUUUAGACGACAUCCAAUUGAUGCCUAACCCAGACCAAUUAAAUGAAGCGUCAAUUGGCGACGCAAUUCCGAGAAGCGUACAACAAGAAGCGGUAAACUCCAAUUUCAACAACAACAACGAUGUCGCGUUGGUUCAACAAUUACUACAACAACUUCAACUGCUGAUUCCUAGAAUCGAGCAUGGCCACGAUUUGGGCAGAUCUUUCCAGAAUUCGGAAAACAAUGGCAACGCCACUGGCAAUGUUAUCGAUAACAACGUAGCUAAUGAGAAUAUCGAUGACAGCAGCAUUCCCAUCAAUGGCAACGCCACAGUCGAAGCCACCAACCAAUACUCUGGCAACUCAAACGGCGAAUCGAUGGGUAUAGCUUUUUCACUGGCGAAGGAAGUAUUGAUGGACUUCAAUGGCGAAUCGUGCUCCAAAAAGUGGGUGGCUCAGCUUAAAAAUAUCGGUGAAGUGUAUAACAUAGGCAACACUCACUUACGAAUGCUAUUCAUUUGCAAGAUGAAAGGCAAGGCGCAUUCAUGGCUUCAUUCGGAGGUUACACGUAUUCGCGAGCCAGUAGCAGUACUAUGCGAACAGUUAAUGGCAGCUUUUGGAGAGAAGAUGUCCAAGUCACAAAUGCGUCGUCAUUUCGAACAGCGUAAUUGGAAGUUUGGCGAAAAGUUUGCAGUUUAUCUGGACGACAAACUAAUGUUAGCCAACAAUAUUAACAUCGAUGAAGAGGAGCUCCUUGAUAAAGUUAUCGAGGGUAUACCUGACAAGGGAUUACGCACUCAAGCACGGAUCCAAUGUUUCGCCAACCCUAAGCAGAUGUUAGCUGCUUUCGCUGAGAUACAUCUAGAGGACAUUCGACGCGCAGCUAAAGAUGAAAACGAAACUGGCAGAGCAAACAAGCUCCAAGAGAUGCGCUGUCGUAGAUGUAACAUUAGAGGACACCUGGUGAAGGACUGCAACAGGCCGGACCGUGUACCAGGCUCUUGUUUCAUCUGUGGAUCCAUGGAGCAUUGGGCGGCCAAAUGUCCAGAUAGGAAGGGCAGCCGUGAAACUAAUGGACUCAACCGUACGAACCAGAGCAGCAACAAUUUCCGUGCCUCAUAGAUUCGGGGAGUCCAGUUUCCUUAAUCAAGAAGAAACAUUUACCUAAUCAUUCAUAUCUUUAUUCUGUCGAGCAAUCUUAUCAAGGGCUAAAUGGAAGUCCUCUCAUUACAUUUGGAAAAUUACUAUGUUACGUUGUGAAAAAUUCAAUAAAGAUUUACUUUUAUUUACUCGUUAUCCCA